AUGAAGCUCCUCUCCAUCAUCACCCUCUUCUCCGCCCUCAGCAGCGCCGCCGUCUUCGAGCUCUACGAGGGCGACAACUGCAGCGGCAAGAUGGUCGAGCGCCGCAACGUCUACGACAACACCUGCGCCUACACCAAGACGUACCGCUCGGCCAAGAUGAUCAAGAAGGGCGGCAACGGCCAGAUGAUCUCCUUCUACAAGAACAAGGCCUGCGCCGCCCCGCGCCUCCGCUGCAUCGAGGCCUUUUCGCUCGGCUGCCACGGCACCAACGACUACGCCAACGCCAUCAGCUCCUACACCCACUGCGGUUAG